GUACAGUUCUCUGCUUUCAAAACUGCCCAAUAUAAACAGAGCCGUUCGGCAACUUCAUAUCACUUAUCAGUAUAAUUCCUUUGUCUCCUACAAAACUUAAACACAGAGAAAGUUAGAGACUUCGAUCAACCUCGUCUUGAAAAUGGCAAGUGAAACAGAUAACAUCACGUAUGAAGAGAGUUUCAUCAAGAAUCCUCGAGGAAUGAAACUAUUCACGUGCAAGUGGUUACCAGCAAAUCAAGAACCAAAGGCUUUAAUCUUCAUCUGCCAUGGAUAUGCAAUGGAAUGCAGCAUCACCAUGAAUAGUACUGCGAGGAGGCUUGUGAAGGCAGGGUUUGGAGUGUAUGGGAUGGAUUAUGAAGGACAUGGCAAGUCUGAUGGGCUUGGCGCUUAUGUUCCAAACUUUGACCAUCUCGUUGAUGACGUUUCUGCCCACUACACAUCGAUUUGCGAGAGAGAAAAGAAUAAAGGGAAGAUGAGGUUUCUGCUAGGAGAAUCAAUGGGCGGGGCAGUACUUUUGUUGUUACACAGAAAGAAGCCAGAGUUUUGGGAUGGGGCUGUCUUGGUUGCUCCAAUGUGUAAGAUUGCAGAAGAAAUGAAACCAAACCCUUUGGUUAUUUCGAUAUUGUCGAAACUAAGUGGGGUUAUACCCACGUGGAAAAUUAUCCCUGGCCAAGACAUCAUUGAGACUGCUUUUAAACAGCCAGAGAUCAGGAAGCAGGUUAGAGAGAACCCUUACUGCUACAAAGGACGUCCACGUUUGAAGACUGCUUAUGAGCUCUUGAGGGUUAGUACCGAUCUCGAGAAGAGACUUAAUGAGGUAACGUUACCGUUCAUGGUGUUGCAUGGAGAAGAUGAUAAAGUCACCGACAAAGCAGUGAGUAGAGAACUUUACGAGGUUGCGUCUAGUUCGGACAAGACUUUCAAGUUGUACCCUGGGAUGUGGCAUGGUUUACUCUAUGGUGAGACACCAGAGAACAUUGAGAUUGUUUUUGCUGACAUCAUCGGUUGGUUGGAUAAGAGAGCUUCUCAUAGAGCUGGAGGGUUUGAAUCCGAGCUUAAACGUGAAAAUGAUGCUUUCCAAGUGAAAGAGUAGGUGGUAGCAUUAUUUAUCAAUAUCAAAUAAAACAAUAGUCAAGUUCUGUUUUUUUAUCGCUCUGUUUUCUCUGCGUGUCUUUGUUGUAAAAUGAUAUUUGUAACUUAAAUUUAAAAUUAAAAUUUAAAA